UAUAGAAUGUAUAGGGUAUUUAGUAAUUAGAAGGAUAGAGAAAGUAAUAAGCAUUAGUGAAUAAGAAGAAAAUAAGUUUGAUAGUAAGCGCGUUACUGUUGGUUUAUAAAUAAAGAUGGAUUGAGGCAGAGAAAUGAUAUGAGAGAGUGGUAAGUGGUAAGUCCUAAGAUGGGUGGUGAUGGACAUGAAUGGUCGAGUGGGUUGUGCAACUGCUGUGCUGAUGAAUAUGGCGCUUUUUGCCUGACGUUGUGGUGCCCAUGCAUUUCGUUCGGAAGGAUAGCUGAGAUCGUUGAUAAAGGAACAACGACUUGUUGUGUACAUGGGAUCCUUUUCUGCCUCCUUGGUGGUUUCACAAAUGUUGCGUCGAUCUACGCGUGUCUUUAUCGUACGAAAAUAAGGAGGUUGUAUGGGAUUGAAGGGAACCAAUGUUGUGAUUGUGUCGUCAGUUGUUGCUGCGUCUCCUUGUCCAUUUGCCAAGAGUAUCGUGAGCUUCAAGCUCGUGGAUUCCAUGUCUCUUCUGGUUGGCAUAAGAAUGUGGAAUUGGGUACCCCCGGUGUGAUGGAGGCUCCGGCAGGGGUAGGAAUCAUGAACCGUUGAUUAAGCAUUUAAGCCAUCAACAUGCUAAAUAAACUCUACUUCCUAUCUUCUUUUUUUGGUGAUAUUGUAUUGGGUAUCUGUAUAUGCUGCUCAAUUAUGUCAAACAAUGAAAUAAAUAAAAGUGCAAUGUGCUCGA